AUGUAUUGUGUUCAAAUGAUGACAACCCAAGGAUGGAGGAGUCCAUGGUAUGAACCCUUGAACGAAAUUAUAUUAGCAAGUACGAAGGAUACAUUUAUCCCUCUCUCAUCCGGAGUCAUCCCUAACAUCCAUACCCAACUUCAAAUGAACUCUACGGUGGAGAUAGAUUAUCCCGAACUUAGCCUCUGCCAAAUCUUUACGGAACUUUUGGUGCAUCGCCAAUGCGGAUUUCUUCCAAGAAGAAAGAUGCGACCUAUACUAGAACGAACAGGAAAAGUAGGGUUCGGCUCCAAGGUGGACUUUGAGGGUAGACUUGGAUCUGGGAAAGAGGAUAGGCAAGUAACAGUGUCCAUGUCCACCCUUAGGACAGCUGCCCGUGUUCAAUGUACAUUGUGA